AAAUUAUUGAAUCAGAGCUGCACAACUAUUAUAGAGUACCUCUCCCAGAAUAGCGCUGCACUUUCCUUAUAACCAACUUGAACUUCUUCUAGAAAUUCAAUACUGGUUUCUGGUUUUCGUACCCAGUUUUCCUGGUUGGUUUUAAAAAGAUAAAACUCAAUUAAUUCGUCACGGGAUACACGCAUCGCGUUUAGUGUAUUUGGAUCAUAUGCAGACUGGAUUUGUUUGCGUGUUUCCUUGUGGAAACUGGAAGCUUCCCCAUGACUCAUUCACCGAUGAAUAUUCUGGCCAACUCUAUGACGAUGCUAUCUGCGGUGGACAAAGCCGGUAAUUUCAUAUGCGAAUCACACCGUUCCUAAGAAUGAUCGUCGCCUUCAUGGAAUAGUAAAAAAAAGUUGAAACCAGUUUGAAAGAAUGUUGGGCCUUAGUAUAUAAUAUUGCCCUAUUGCGUUUAGGGAUUAAUACAACUGCAAAACAGUUGCUGGAUACACGCUGAUAUUUGGCAGUGGUGCAUUAUUGUGGUAUUGUUUGUGCCUGAAGCAGUGGAUACACAGUCCUGUUGAUACCAGUUGUUCCUGAAACAUCAUACAACCUACUAUGAUUAGAGUUAUCAUUAUCAGUGUGGUGGCAGUACUUGCUGCAAACGUGGACUGCCGUUCGUCGUACGUUGGCAGUCUGGGUGGAUAUGCCAUUCUGCCGAAAGCUGCCGUGGAGCCAGACAGAGGGGUGGCGGAAGUGCCGCCCCCACCGUCCCAACCCGAGCAACCCAUCCCCUCGCCCGAUGCCAGCGACCGCCACGCAGCCCCCGCAGUGACCACCCCCCAGGUCGUACCCCUCUUCACCUCUGACUUCAGCAGUCCGCCUCCCGAGACAUUCGUUCCAGAAGUCACACCCAGUGUACUAGACGAAAACAUCGCUGUUACAACGAUAUUCAUUGAACCAGUGCCAACCGAUGAGACUGUAUCAGAGGAGCAUCACCAUGAAGAGACACAUGAAGAGAGGCACGAAGAGAAACAUGAAGAGAAACACGAAGAGAAACAUGAGGAGAAACAUGAGGAGAAACAUGAAGAGAAACAUGAAGAACAUGAUGAGCACGAAGGACAUGACAAAAUUGGUGCACAUGGAAAACAUGACGGCCCUUGCAAGCACGGAAAACAUGGUCAGGACAAACAUGAAGACGACGACGACGACGAUGAUGAUCACCAUGAUGAUAAACAUUCUUCAGGACAUGAUUACGAUGAUGACUACGACUACGUUCACGUUUUCCUACACAGCGUUCCCAGCCCAGCUCACAAGCCAAUCAUUGGAGAUCAUCCAUUCCUGCACAGGCCAAGCUUUGCAUUUCAGCCGAGUUCAUUCUCCUCUUACAAACCAAAAUCUUCAUAUCAGCCAUUUCCAUACUGGAAAUUUGCAGGCAAAUAUGAUUGAAUACUCGACUUGGAUAAGUCCCAUUCAUUCUAUAGUAGUCCAUAUCUAGGAUAGGAUAUGGAGAGUAGCCAAUACUUUUCAAAAGAACUAGUCAUUCCUGAAUCAUUGCUACCGCGUACCGUACCGAUCCAAUUAUAUUUAACGUGAAUCUUGAAUAACAUCAAUUUUAUUGUAGAUUUUAAAAUUUUGUUCGAGUUUUCUCUUGAUAUAGUAGCACUUGAUUGUAAUUCUACCUAUCAAUGAACUAUGCCAUAGUGAUAGAAAUGAUCCAAUCAACUUUAGAAGACUGAUUUUCCUCAAGGCUUUUCUAUUUCUCAAGAUAAAAGAUUCUUUUAAUAAGAUA